AUGAAUGCAUGUGGAUACAAAAAUGGAUCGCCGGAACAGAUUUACCGAUCACCGGAGAUGGAUUACUCCGACGUCUCCACAGGUUACCUUGAAGACGCACUUAUCGAGUCCGGUGAGAGAAGCAAAAGGAGACGUCUCUUGUUCGAGGAUUCUUCAUUUUCUCUUAACGAUAACUAUUCGCAGAACGAUUGGGGCCUGCAUGAGAGUUAUAGCGAUUUGAAUAGCCAGUUUGUCACUCCACAUGUUAACAAAGAUGAAUGUAAGAGUGGAAUAAUAAGCAACUUUGAGGAGCCGAUAUCGACCAUUUACGAGUCACCCGACACUUCUAUAUCUUCCGAAAAAAUCUAUGUCCGAGAAAAAUCUCCGACCGAACCAUCUUCGUCCAAUUGUGGUAACAAGAACAAAGGACUAACUACGAGAGUGGUUUAUCCAUUUGGAUUGGUGAAACCAGGUGGUCGAGAAGAAGAUGUAACCCUAAAUGACAUAAACAAGAGGAUUCUAAUGCCACCGGCUCGGCCGGUUCGACAUCCGGUAGGAGACUUUGCCUCUCGAGCAUGCACCUCGACGCAUGGACCAGGCCUAUCUGGCAAAUCCGUGGUGGCUCUUACUAAGAUCCAAACACAAGGGAGGGGUACUAUUACUAUAAUCAGAACUAAGGGGUGA